GACGGGGCCGCGAGGGAACCGGGAGCCGCGGCGCGGAGGCUUCGGAGCGAGCCGGGGCGCGCGCAUCUCGGUUGGACUCUCCCAGAGUGAGUGUCAGGUGCUCCAGCCAAUCUUUGUUCUGCCCAGACGUUCAGGAUGUUGUCUCCGGCCUUCGUGCAGAAGAAGCCCUCCGAUGAGAACAUCCUGGACCCUUUAGACGGUUUUUCAGCCUCUGAAGAGAAGAAAGAGACAAAUGUGAAAAAAGGGAAAGGGGUUAAGGUCGUUGCUGAUCGUUCCUCUAACCCUUUCUACCUUUCUGAGACCAUGGAUGUCUUCGCGUUUAGAGAGCAGGAAUGGAAGAAGAUGCGUGCAGAGCGGAUUCAGAAGCGGAGCCAGUCGGUGCAGGAGAAGAAGACGCUGUCCACCAAGGAGCUCCCCAAGCGGUCGGAGCUGCGGCGCCAGCUGCAGGAGCAGGACCGGCAGGACCACGAGCAGGUGUGCGCCGAAGCCGAGAGGCUGCGCAUCUGCCAGCAGAACACGCUCUGGAAGCUCCUCAUGACCAGAGAUAAGACAUCUGAGUCGGAGGACAUCAACAAGUACAUCGAGCGCAAGCGCCAGAUGUUCCUCCUCCAGUAUGCCCUGGAUAUGAAGCGGAACGAGAUCCAGCGGAUGGAGAUGCUGGUGAGCCAGGAGGAGGAGGAGCUGGUGCAGGCCGAGAAGUCCCUGGAGAAGGACGCGUCCCUGUUUGACGAGUUCCUGCGGGACAAUGACUGCAGCUCCGUGCAGGCGCUGAAAGUGGCCGAGAAGGAGACCAAAGCCAAGAUGGAGAAGGUCAUUGAGAUCCGGGAUCUGACGGUGCAGAUGAUGAACAUCAAGAGUGAAAUGUCCAAGUUUGAGGACACGCUCCAGCAGUACAAAGUCUACAAGGAAUUCCUGUACAAGCUGUCGCCCCAGGAGUGGGUGGAGGAGCAGAAGAAGAAGCACCUGAGGUUCCAACUGUCCCACGAGAGGAGCGAAGACACCUCCUUGCUUGCAGCCAGCCCCGUCCCAUCAGACAUCAAAGCCAGAGUGGAGUCGAGGAGCGGCUCCUCGGUCCUGCAGCUGGAGCCCGCCCCGUCCCUGCUGCCGCCAAACAGGAAGAGCGGCAAGAGGCUCCUGAAGCGCUCGCAGCAGUUCCGCGGCAGCCUGGGCCGGUCCACCCUGCCCGGCGGCCUGUCCACCGCGCCCUCCUCCAAGUCCAGCCAGCUGGACAUCAAGCUGUCUGGCUCCUCCACCCUCCAUGUGCAUGUGCUGGAAGACAGGGAGAGCGACGAGGAGCUGGAUCUGUAUUUCACCGAGCCCAAGCAGCUCCUGGAUAUCUUCAUGGUCCUGGAGGAGCAGAACCUCUCUCUGAUCCAGAACACUCAGGAGAUGGAGGAGACCCUGGACGAUCUAGACUUCACCAUGAGAACCACCAAGGCUCGCAUGGACAAGGAGCUCAAGCAGCUGAAGGAGUGGAUGGAGACGCUGAUGGAGUCCAUCCACAAGGAGGAGGAGAUGGCCGCCGACCUCCAGCUCAGGGCCCGCGUCUUCUACUUUGGCCAGUACAAGGGCGGCCAGGAGGACAAGCUGCUGGAGAGCCUGAACCGCAAGGUGUCGUCCGUGUACAAGCACUGCGUGGGCAGCGGCCAGGAGACCAACCUGGGCACGCUGCAGAUGCUCACCAUCAUCGAGCACCAGCUGCACGAGCUGCUCGAGAACCUGGAGCGCAUGCCCCCGUCCCGGGUGGAGCAGGCCGAGAUGGCCAAGGAGAAGGAGCGGCGCCAGAGAGCCCGAGACGAGAAGAUCCGGCAGCAGAAGCAGCAGCAGGAGGAGCGUCUGGCGCGGUUCCAGGCGCGGUCCCAGGCGGAGAUCAAGAAGAAGGAGGGCCGGCGGCUGGUGUACCGUUCUAAGCCCCCGAAGGAGAGAGCCAAGGAGGUCCUCCCGCAGGAGAGGGUGGACAAGGAAAAGGAGGAGCUGCUGUUCUUCACGUAGCAGGACGGAGCGGGGGCCAAGUCCGCAGCCUGCAUGGCCCCGUCUCCUGCUGACGCUCCUGCUGACGCUCCCUCUGCGCCCCU